GUAGAAAAGGUGCAGAAACGAGACGGCACAAGCGAACACGAAACGACGGUAUCGAACAGAGUGUGCGAGGAAUCUUUCACUUUGCCCCGUUGCAGUCCAAUCAUGGCGGCUUUCGUAGGACGAAUUUGUGGAUCAGGAUUGUUGAGCCCGAAAAGCGGUGCUACCUUGCAGAAGGUACAAAAUUUCUCCACGAGCCGCGCCUGGACGAAAAACCAGAAGGUUGCUACUGCAGCUGGUGUAUUGGUUGGAGGGGCCGGAGCUCUUCUCUAUGCACUCGAACAAUCGGUAGCUGCAUCCGGCACGGAAGUGCACCCGCCGGCACUGCCAUGGAACCAUAAAGGUGUGCUCGACUCGCUCGACCAUGCUUCGGUCCGGCGCGGAUACGAGGUGUACAAGCAGGUUUGUGCGGCCUGCCACUCGAUGCGCUUCAUUGCCUAUCGCAAUCUGGUCGGUGUGUCGCAUACCGAAGCGGAAGCAAAGGCCGAAGCAGAGGAGAUCCAGGUGCGUGACGGUCCGGAUGAGGCUGGUAACUAUUUCAACCGGCCCGGCAAGUUGUCUGAUUACUUCCCGAGCCCGUACCCUAACGAGGAAGCGGCCCGUGCCGCCAACAAUGGUGCUUAUCCGCCGGAUCUAAGCUACAUUGCCCUUGCACGUCAUGGUGGCGAGGACUAUCUGUUCGCGUUACUCACCGGCUACUGUGAUGCUCCGGCGGGUGUGGUGCUUCGUGAGGGUCAGUAUUACAACCCAUACUUCCCCGGUGGUGCCAUCUCGAUGGCGCAAGCACUAUACAAUGAGGCCGCUGAAUAUUCCGACGGUACGCCACCAACUGCUAGCCAACUGGCCAAGGAUGUGUCCACGUUCCUGGUAUGGGCAGCCGAACCUUAUCACGACGAGCGCAAACGCAUGGGUAUCAAAUCGGUCGGCAUUAUCAUGAUCCUCGGUGCGUUGUCUUACUACAUCAAGCGACACAAGUGGGCUGCGCUCAAGACGCGAAAGAUUUCCUUCCACCCAAAGAGCAAGUAGGCCGUUGCUUGCAACCAGCACAGCAGCAGUAUAGGUGAGAUGUCAUGUGGAGGAAACUGGCCAUCAACCGCUGACCGAGAAUUAUGACCAAACCCGAUUGGCACACAGAAACGACGAAGGAAAACGGACAAAAACUGGCCGGGACAUUAUUAGAAUAAUUUUGGCGUCAAUUGGCGGAUAGGAUCACAGUGCACAGUGCAGUGGGAAUCGAUGCAAGGAUGAAAGGAGGGAGAGAGACGAUAGCGAGCAGCAACAUUCUACAAAGCGUUAAAGGGACACUGUGUGUGUGUUUUUUUAAGGACAUUAAAACCCGUCCUAUUUACCGAUACUCGCCAAACAGCAACAAAUGCCUUGACAAAUGUAUCUACAUUUGCCAUACCAACCAAUACCCACAGAACCAUUUCCCACUGUUCGUGUUCAUGUUGUCUCUUCGCUAGCCUCUCUCGCAGUCACUUCCACCUGACAUCAUCAAUGAGCUUUUACAGAUCACGACAUCCUUGCACCGAUAGCGCUGAUUAGUUUUCUGUUCCUUCUUUCGUUUUCCAUGUAUAGUUCAAUUACCAUUGUAUGCAGUAACAACACACAACUAAUAUGCUACAAGAAAUUACAGACAAACACAACAUAAUCGUUCGUUUUUUGUGGGGAGGAUUUGUUUUAUGGUGCUUUUAACAGGAGAACCGGGAGCUUAAUUGGUCCGAAAGUGUGUCCACCAAGUGGCCGCAGUAAUGCCUUCGAAAAAUGUAAGGGGUGUCAAUUUUAAAAUUGUCACACUAGUUUCCAACUCCCCAAGCGAUCAUCCUUUCUAUUUGCAAGGAUUCGAAAAAACACUCAAUUUGGAAAUGUCCCAUAGUGUUGGUAAUAAUUUAUUUAAACAAACAAGAAGGUCCUAAGAUUCCUGGUUUGGCGGAUGAUGAAAAGUAUGAUUAGCAAAAAAAAACGAAAUAAAUCAUAAAACCGUACGUUGUUAAUUUAA